GAAAUGAAGAAAAGCAGCGCAAGCUGCUGCUGUUAUAACCAAGAAACAGAUCGAGGAAUUGAGAGAAGAGGAGCUGAAAUUCAGGGGCGAGAUGAAGUGAAGAAAUUGAAAUGGGCUUCUACCAUUGUUCUAGGUGUUGAUGCUUCAGAGAGGAACAACUAAUGAGUAUUCUGAGAUUUCAAGGGAUAUGAAAGAGUGGGUUUUGAGUUGAAUCUGCGUUGGUGUUCUAUUGAGAUGGGAAUUGAGGAGAAAUUGAAUUUAAGAAGGAAAUUACAAGCUGGGUUUGGAUUCAAUUGGUAAUUGGUAGCAAAAAGGGGAUCUGAGUUGUUUCUGGUGGAGACAUUGAUGAGGUGAGUUAUGGGUAUGAAUCAGAUGGACAGGGAAUGGAAUCAGAGAUCGAGAAUGGGUGUUGAAUUCGAAAUGGGUUUGUUGGUUUGGAGCUUGAAUCUGAUAAUGUUUGUUGGUCGAGAAAAUGAUAUUGUGCUUAAAGGGUUUUUGACAGGAUUAUGUUGCUGUGAGAUCAAGAGAGGAGCGGUAGGGUUUGAACUGAGACUGCAGGAAGCUAGAGGCAGUGAAGAUUUGAUUGAGGUUUUACAAAGAAAUGGAUCUAAUGCUGCUAAGAAGUGUAGCUGGAGUUCAAGAUUGCAGUCAAGGAUGGAUUCAUGGAGUUGAGUGCAAGUGAUGCUGAUUGCAGACUAGGCUAGGAAGUGUUAUGGCCUGUUGUGGCUCUGUAAUGGUUGCUAGAGCAAAUGUUGUUGCUCCUAGAGUGAGAUUGCAGGUAGCGGUGCUGCUGUGUGUGGUGUCAUGGUUAUGCAGCCGUUAUGGGUUUUGACUGAAGUGUUGGCUGGAAGAAUGUGGAAGUGAUGAUGAGCUGCAGAUAUAGAACAAAUGGGUUCCAGUGAUGGUGAGAUGGGAAUGGAAGUGGUAGUGAUUUGAGAUGGAAGCAGUGAAGAAACUGUUGGCAGUAAUGAGUUGGAGAAUGUUUGCAAAGAGCUGAGCAGCUGGUAGAGUUGCAGUUGGAGUAGCAACUGUUGCUAGUGGAAUAUAGCAGAUGGAAUUGCAGCUGUGUCAAAUUGCAGGCUGGACUUAGAAGUGGGUGCAGUUUUAGGAGUUGAAGAUGGCAGGGUCCUAACUGAUGUCGAGCUGCAGUUGAUUUGAAGCUUGUGGUGGUGUCUGAAGCUACAAAAGAGAGGAGUUCGUCAUGCUGGUAAUGUUAUUGCAGUUGCAGCUGAGGUGUGAGCAGUAUAGCAGUGAAGCACAAUGAUUGUGCAGCAUAAGAUAUGGCUGGAGGAGCCAUUAUGCACAAUGAUCGUGCAGCAGUAGAUAUGGCUGGAUUGAGCUGUGUGAUGCACCAUCAUUGUGCAACACACAGUUCUGGCUUAAGCAAGACAGUGGCCUGACAAGUCAGGUCAGUUAGACUCUGACUCAGCUGAGUUGUUUGAGUCAGCUUCUGAAUCGGUCUGACUUUGACCGACUUGACUCGCCUGACUUUGACCGAGUUGAACCGUUUGACCGGUGACCGGGCGGACUUUGCCGGUCACCUGAGACACUAUUCCGAUAACUUUUCUGGCCAACUUCCGGCCAUUCCGACGACGUUUUUGGCAGAGUUUCUACAUGGGUUUUUCUCACUUUUGGGCCACAUGGAUUUUUAUCUAAUGGACUUUGAAGAUUAGACCUAAUUUUGGAACAAGAGGAGCUAUAAAAGAGAAGACUUCUACAACUUUU